UGGGUGGGCUACAUGUUCUCCCCCCUAAACCAAAUUUCUCGCUCCCAUAAUUACCAUUACCAAAUGGGUAAGUAUCAAUUGAGGGCCGCCUUCAACAUUGCUCGUCUUCACUCCGAAGUCUGGCCGCUCCCUGGCUCUGGCUAGCCCUAACUUCUCCAGUCUCCACUGCCCUAAUCUGCAAAUCUGAAGCACGUCUAUCUACUCUAAUAUAAGGCUGUUUAAGCUAUGGAGGAGCGAGACAGAAUCAGUGAACUUCCUGCAGAUAUACUUGACAAGAUUAUGGGAAAAUUGUGGAUUGAAGAAGCUGCUACCAUGGCCGUCUUAAACACUGUUUGGAGAGAUGCCUGGUACAGUCUUACUGAGGUUGCUUUUGAUGCUUCCUUCCAUUAUAUCCUUUACUGUGAUUUUAUUAAAAACCCAGACAAAUGGCAUGAUAUAGUCAACGAUUACCUCAAGAAGCACAAUGGAAAUAUUAAAAGAUUUGACAUUUAUUUUAGUCAGCAAGUAUAUAGAGGCGAUUUCGAUAAGUUGUUCCUCUCUCUCACAAAGAAAGGUGUUCAAGAACUCGACCUUCAGAUAUAUAGUGAUGAUGAUCGCAAUUACCGGCUGCCGCCCUGCAUCCUUAAAUGCUCUACUCUGAAGACAUUUUAUGCUUGUGGUGUUAAAAUAGACCAGAUAACACCCCGUUGCAUGUUUCCCAAUGUCACUUUUCUUAGCUUUGAUCUUGUUCAUUUUGGUGCAAGUAGUCUUCAACAUCAUGCCGUUGAUCUUCCAAAGCUCCAAAGACUGACAUUUAGCAGAUGCACAGACAUCUCUCAUUUUAACAUUACUGCUCCGAAACUUGGUAUUUUAUCAAUCGAAAAAUGUUACAUUAGUGGUGAUGAUGAUGUUGAGGAGGAGGAGGAUGAUGAUGAUUACUACUCUGAUGAUGAUGAAAGGGACUCUGAUGACAGUUGCAGUAGUGGAGGUGAUGAUAAUAACGAUAUGUUUUGCUACAACCCUACCAAUGAAAAAGACAAACCCGUUGGUGGUUUUCUCCCUGCAAACUUAGAUUUGGGAUCUGUUUCUAGGCUUCAUUUGUGUUGUAAUGCUAUAUGGGGUGUUGUUGAUGAUUUUGGUAGAAAGGGACUUCAAAUGCCAAUGUUAGACGUGAAAUACUUAAACCUUUCAGGUGAUUACUAUCCAGGUUCUGAUAGUAACUCUAAGCUUGUUAAUCUGCUGAGAAGUUGCCCAAAAUUAUGCGAACUUGAAAUAUGUUUUCAGCUCCGUGGAUUAGACUCGCCUACUUGUGGUGAGAGUGUUUCUAAUCUCUUGGAAGGACUUCACAGGCUUCAUCACAGACACAAUGACCUCCAAACUUUGAAGCUUAGCGUGUAUUCAGCAUCCAAAUUUGAAGUGCAUUUGAUAACGGGACUGAUAGGCUGCUUUCCGACAUGCAAGAAGGUGUUUAUUUUUUCUCAGACAAGGUUCUCGUACCCGGAGGAGGUAAAAGCAAGAAAUGAGAUUUUGAGUUCUAGUCGUGCCUUAUCAACAGCAGAAGUUUAUUUUAAGUAAGAAGCCUUCUGGUUUUUAUGCAACUCUUAAACCCUCACCCUCCUGAUAUGUAAUGGAAGGACAUCCGAUUUCUUCUGUUCUUGAACAGCCAUG